AUGGGUCUCCUCACUCUCGUUGAAGACAGGCCUACGCCCAAGGAGGUCUACAACUGGCGAGUCUAUGCCUGCGCUGCUGUAGCCUCGUUCGCUUCCUGCAUGAUUGGUUAUGACUCAGCCUUCAUUGGAACCACUCUGGCACUUCCCUCUUUCUCGAAAGAGUUUGGCUGGGGCAAAUUGCCCAAAGAUGAAGUCACAUUCAUCAAGGAGAACAUCGUCUCCGUCUACCAAGCUGGUGCCUUCUUUGGAGCUUUGGGCGCAUAUAUUAGCGCUCACUAUCUCGGUCGUCAAAAAUCUCUCUGGGUCUAUGUCGUGGUUUUCAUGGUUGGUGCCGGUAUCAUGCUUAAGGCCGCCAAUGGUGAUCUCGCCCCAAUCUAUGCUGGUCGAGUCCUCACGGGUCUCGGCGUGGGAGGUGCUUCUAUGGUUGUCCCCAUCUACAUCUCUGAGAUUGCUCCUCCCGCCGUCAGAGGUCGCUUGGUCGGUAUCUACGAACUGGGAUGGCAGAUCGGUGGUCUCGUCGGUUUCUGGAUCAAUGUGAGCAAACUCAAGGUGGACUCAUCAAACAUUGCUGACUGCUGUCAANNGUACGGAAUCUCCGAAACACUCCCUAGCAACCACAAGCAGUGGAUCAUUCCCUUUGCCGUUCAGCUCAUUCCUGGUGGCUUGCUUGCUCUCGGUGCAAUCUGGCUUAGAGAGUCCCCUCGUUGGUUGUUCUCCAAGGGCAAGAGAGAGCAGGGCCUCAAGAACCUGCUAUGGAUCAGAAACCUUCCUGCCGAUAACUUCUACAUUGUCGAGGAAAUUUCGUUCAUUGAGGCUGCUCUCGAGCAUCAAAAAUCGUCUGUUGGUCUUGGAUUCUUUGACCCUUUCAAGGCCGUUUUCAAGAGCCGUAGCCUCCAAUGGCGUGUCUUCCUUGGUACCACACUUUUCAUCUUCCAAAAUGGAUCUGGCAUCAACGCAAUCAACUACUACUCGCCAACAGUCUUCAAGUCUCUGGGCAUCGUUGGCGGCAACACCUCUUUCNNCCUCACCACUGGCUUAUUCGGUGUGGUGAAGACUGUCUUCACCUUGAUCUGGCUGUUCUUCCUGAUUGACAAGUUUGGACGCCGUAACUUGCUCCUCGUUGGAGCCGUUGGUGGUGCUUCGUGCAUGCUAAUUCUUGGCGGAUAUCUCGCUAGUCCGCUUGUUGACACCUCAGCAGCAGCAACAGCUGUCGCAAAGCCGCUUACUUCUGGAGGCAUCGCCGCCGUCUUCUUCUUCUAUUUGUGGACUGCCUUCUAUACUCCAUCAUGGAAUGGUACCCCCUGGGUCAUCAACUCGGAGAUGUACGAGCAGAAUAUCCGUUCUUUGGGCCAGGCUAUGGCUGCUGCCAGCAACUGGUUCUGGGUGAGUUUUUUCGAAUCCAUAUUUGACAUACAGCGUCGUGCUAACUGUAAGGCANNGAACUUCAUCAUUGCCAGAUUUACUGGUCAGAUGUUUGCAAACAUGGGCAAGUCAGGAUGUGGUGUCUACUUCUUCUUUGCUGGCAUGAUGUUGCUUUCUGUUGUCUUUGUGUGGUUCCUGAUCCCCGAAACCAAGUCCGUUCCUCUUGAGUCGAUGAACAGAUUAUUCGAAAUCAGACCCUGCAGCAAGGCCAACGGCAUCGUCAUGCUCGAAGUCCAGGAAGCCGAGGCCGAGUUCCGCGAGGACGCCGAAGGUGCUGGCCUGAGUCUCGAGAAGAGCAAGAUUGCCCAUGUCGAAGACAGCGCUGUUUAA